UUGUUACCAGUUGAGUCGCAGUGCAGUUUCAGUGUCUGCAGGAAGGAUCUCAUUCCAUUGCAGGGCUGAGGCUGUUGAAAGUCUUGCCAAAGGAUUUAAGAGGAAUGGAAUUUACCCUGGAGACCAUCACCUUCAAGAGACAACUGGAUGUGUUCCUGGGCACAAUCUCCCACCAUCUGACCCUGUUCUGCUAUCAGUCACCAAUCAAGGGCUAGAAACAAACCACUGCAUCAAGCAUCAGUUGGCCCAAGUUACACCACUUUUGAUGCACAGUCAUCAAAGGUGGUGCUCCAGCAUGGCUUGGGACUGCUGGACUGUCCAGAACACAUACUAAGGAUACUAAGUGUGCAUGCAGGAUGCUAAGGAUGCCGGGCCACCAGCUUUGCACAGGAGUUUUGUUUGAUCAGUUUUGUGUUGAAACAUGUAGUGUUGGGAACUUUCAUGCUCAGUUCAUUUGUAAUUGACUGAUCUAGGACCAAAUUUUUUGUUCGAUAUCCUAUGGAUGGCAAUAUUGGUGACCCACCCACUCAUAGUCAUAGGGAAGGUCGUAAAAAUUUUUUGUUUGCUGCUAUGCAAGUGAGUGAGGCUGAGUGCUGAGUGGCAACUUAUAUAUAGUAUGUCAUUUACAGUAAUUGAUCUGAUUAACUGUCUCUUCAAUUUGUUUACAGACAGUUUGAACUACUGAAUUUUUUAUAACCUUUAUGAUUUAUAAUGAUACCCACAUCUUCUGAAAAUAUUUUUCGCAUACUUGUCGCAACAGACAAUCACCUGGGAUAUGCUGAGAAGGAUGCAGAAAGAGGUGGUGAUAGUUUCAACACUUUCAGAGAGGUACUGGAGUUGGCUGUGGAGCAGAAUGUUGAUUUUGUGUUGCUUGGUGGAGAUCUGUUCCAUGACAACAAGCCCUCCACUCAGUGCCUUGUCAAGUGCAUGGAGCUUCUCAAAACUUAUUCAUUUGGCGACAAAUCAGUUGAAUUUGAGCUUGUGAGUGAUCCUGCUGAAAAUUUCCCUCAUCUAAGAGAGCCUAUGGUGAAUUUCCACAACCCUAACUUGAAUGUUGGCAUCCCAGUGUUCUCCAUCCAUGGAAAUCACGACGACCCUGUUGGUUUGGGACACUUUUGUGCCCUGGACAUGAUAUCCACUGCAGGACUUGUUAACUAUUUUGGAAGAGCAAACAAUCUUCAGGAGAUAAACAUUUCGCCGCUUCUGUUAGUGAAGGGUAAAGCUAAACUUGCUCUGUACGGGCUGUCGGCCGUCAAGGAUGACAGGCUCUUCAGACUCUUCCGAGAAGAAAAGGUUCGUAUGCUGCGUCCCCGCGAGUUCCCCGACGACUGGUACAACGUGCUGGUGCUGCACCAGAACCAUGUCGAGCGUCCGCCUUAUAACUACAUCAGAGAGGAGUUCCUUGAUGGCUUCCUGGACCUGGUCAUCUGGGGGCACGAGCACGAGUGUAAAAUCCUGCCGCGCGAGUCUGCGCAGCAGUAUCAUGUGAUGCAGCCAGGCAGCUCGGUAGCCACGUCGCUGUGUGAGGGGGAGGCUGUUCAAAAGCACGUGGCGCUCCUAGAAAUAAAUGAGGAAAACUGCAUUAAACCUACAGCCUUGCCACUCAAGACUGUGCGGCCAUUCGUUUUUAAGACUGUGAGCCUAGCUGACAACGUGCCUAUGGAUGUGAGAACUACUGAUCAAGUGAGAGCUUCGCUGGUGGAAGAAUUUCUCGAGAAGACCGUGAAGGAAAUGAUCACAGAGUCGCUUGAGCAGUUGACCGGACACCCCCGGCAGCCUAAGAAGCCUCUGAUCAGACUCAGGGUGGACUACACAGACGAACGAGACCUCAUCAACGUCAUCAGAUUUGGACACAGGUUUGAAGAAGAAGUUGCCAACGCCUACGAGAUCCUGUUGUUCCGCAAGGCACGCAAGACCGAGAAAGCCUGCAAGGAAGGCAUCGACAACGAAGCCAUGGACGCCGUCUUUCUCGAAGACGUGGGCGAGAGCAAAGUUGAAGACUUGGUGCGGCAGUAUUUCCUGGAGCUGUCAAGCGACAGCUCGCAGCAGCUGCAACUCCUGACUGAACGCGGCCUGUCCGAAGCCUUCUCCAGCUUUGUCGAGAAAGAUGACAAAGAAGCCAUUGCUGAAAUUUUCAACCACCAAGUGGAACGAACAAUGGCCAAGCUGUCCGCCAUUGAGGACGUGAACGAGGACAACUUUGAGUGGCACUUGAGUGGCCUACUGGCCGAGAGGCUGGCGCGUCGGGACAACGAGGCCCAGGAGGCUGCUGAGGCGGAGGCGGUGCUCGGGGCAGCCAGCCGCCGUCGCGCGCCCACCAGAGGAUCGCGCGACGAUGACGACGAUGAAGACGACGUCGCGGAGUGCAGCAGCGGCGACGACGACCAUUACAGCGCCCCUCCUCGGGGCAGGGGACGAGGGGGCGCCCGAGGGGCCCGCGCCCCCCGUGCCAGCAGGGGUACGAGGGGCGCCAGGGGUACGAGGGGCGCCCGGGGGCGGGGCGCCGCCCCCGUGCAGAGUAGCUCCUCAUCGUGGAACACUCGAAGUCCAAACGUCAGCUCCAGCUUCAGCAGCUCUGCGAGCAAAGCGCCAGCCAGUUCGUCUAGAGGCAGGAGGGGUGUCGCAUACGACGACGAUUCUGACUAAGAAUUCAAGACGUUCCUAUCAUUCCAACAUCUUAAUGUAUGACGCUAUAUGAUGAUCAAGUUUGUCUGCACUCAUUUAGCUAACGCAACUAAUGUCUCAUUGUCUGUGAUAUAGAAAUUACGAGUCAUCCUUUAAUUGAUGGUUUCCUGCAUUGAUCUCCGCGUUGCUUAGAGCCGUGAUGAGAAAUUUAUGUAUUAUGAAUACAUCAUUGCCAUAAUUUGCCAUACCAUCAUUGCCAUAUGAAUACAUCAUUGCCAUAAUUUGCCAUACCAUCAUUGCCAUAUGAAUACAUCAUUGCAUGCCUCGCCAUAUUUGACUUGAUCGCCUUCUCAAAUUAUCCCUGUAUGUUUUUUUGAGCUGGUCUCAGUUUACUAACCGCACUUUGUACGUCCUAUGUGGCAUAUACUGACAAUUAUUCUAUGUAAUGAAUCCAACAAUAGCUCCGUGAAAAACGUUGCUUAAGGUUUUUAUUACCGAGUCACAUCUUUAUUUGCAGCUCAUGGUUAUCUUAAAUCUUAUCUUCUGCCCAUUAGCAGGAAAUGAACACUUACAACUUUAAGUGUUUGUACAAUCAAAAUAUUGCUAUUCAAUAAACAGUAACAACAAAUUACUUUAUUUUCCUCCCUGGAUUGGAUUCGUCGUAUCUAAAAUUCGCUUAUAAUUCUACUCGUUGGAGUCUUUGAAAGUUCAUUGAAUAAUUAAUUAAUCGGGAUUUUGUUCGUGUACCGUUUAAUGUAAUCGCUACAAUUUCUUGGACGAGUAUAUGAAGGUUAAAUGAAAAGUUGCAACUCUAA